AUCGCAUUUACUGCUUGGCCACAUAAUACCAAAUCUUCCUAGAAGUCCUGGGUCAAAUGACUUUCCCGUUGUGUUACAGUCCUCCAGCUCUCUGAAGGCGUCUUACGAGGACUGGCUGCUGACCUACGGCCUGAGCGUCUCUCCGUUCCACAUGCGAUGGCAGACGGCUCUCUUCAACCGACAGUUCUACAGCUGGGGGAGGUGGAAACCCAGAUUUCUCUAUUUAUGGUUCAACGUAGGAAUGGUGUUUGGUAUAGUUGCCAUGUUUAGCUCUGUUAUUCUUCUUGGAAAGACGUUGAUGCAAACUCUGACACAGAUGCUCACUGAGGCACCGAAAGCCCAGAACGAUCGUAUGCUGCAAGUUGUGGUGCCUGGUGUAAAUUUGCCUGUCAGCCAACUGACCUAUUUCUUCUCUGCAAUCCUCAUCAGUGGUGUGAUACAUGAAGUCGGCCAUGGGGUGGCAGCUAUUCGAGAACAAGUACGAUUUAAUGGAUUUGGGAUUUUUAUCUUCAUUGUCUAUCCUGGAGCAUUUGUUGACCUCUCUACAACCCACUUGCAACUGAUAUCUCCAGUCCAGCAAUUAAGGAUAUUUUGUGCAGGAGUGUGGCAUAAUUUUGUUCUUGGUGCUGCAAGUUUCAUGAGUUUGUUUCUGCUGCCAGUCAUUCUUUUUCCUUUCUAUUACACGGGUGUUGGAGCACUUGUCACUGAGGUUGCAGAGGAUUCUCCUGCCAAUGGACCAAGAGGUCUUUUCGUGGGAGACCUUGUCACUAACCUACAAGACUGCCCAGUUUAUAAUGUGGAAGACUGGAAUUCCUGUCUAGGAGACAUUUCAGAGAAGUCACAGGUUGGCUACUGUAUAAGUGCAGCCACCCUACAGCAAUUAAGCUUUCCACCUAGAGUCUAUAGAAGACUUGAUGGCACAGUUGAAUGUUGUAGUAACAACAGCCUCACAGACAUUUGCUUUUCAUAUAGCAAUAACUUGGAUAGCCACCGGUAUGCCUGUCUGCCAGCACGAAAAGUUGUUGAGGCCAGCAAAGUUUGUCGAACUAACAUGGACUGCCAGAAGGACCUUGUUGCAAGCCUUUGUGUGACUCCUUCUUUAGAGAACCAGACAAGGCUAAUCAGGGUAAAACAUCCACCCCAUAUUGACACGCUGUAUGUAGGACACCCCCUGCAUCUUCAGUAUACAGUAAGUCUCAGCAGUUUUGUACCACGACAAAACUUUCUAAGCAUCGAUCUGCCUGUGGUGAUAGAGACAUUUUGCAAGUACCUAAUUUCACUGUCAGGAGCGCUGGCAGUUAUCAAUGCUGUACCCUGCUUCGCAUUGGAUGGUCAGUGGAUAUUAAAUUCAUUCCUGGAAGCCACUCUGAGCUCCCUGAUUGUGGAAAAACAAGACAGAGAGCUUGUUGGCUUUUUAAUUUUGCUUGCUGGUAGUGCACUUUUGGCUGCCAAUGUUGCACUGGGACUUUGGAUGGUGACAGCACGAUAG